GCUCACAUAUCUGAACUCUGGAGCAUCAAACGUAGAUCUGGAAUCCCACAAUACAUACCGCGUCAGGGCGCCCUCACUCAAGCUGCGUCAGCCCCGUGUUACAGCCGGACAAUCAUCGAUUCAUUCAUGUCGCAUUGACAGUAUCCCAUAAAUGCUGCAUUGCAUUUCUCACAUGCCACGUAAAGCGGAAGCGUCGCUGUGCUCGUUGGCAGUACAAUUGCAUGCUUCGACCAUAUAAGUUUCCUGGGUCAUCCAUGGUGCAUCAGUGUUCCCACUCUUUUAUUCAACAUGCAUUCGUUUUUCACCCUGCUUCGCGCAAUUCUCCUUGUCACGGUGACCUCUGUAUCGGCUUCAAGUUUCUUUAGCGUUCCCCUGACAAAGUUUGCGCCUCCGAACUCAUACCUUGUGGGAUUACCAGAUGCUGAUCGUGCACGUGCUGCUGUACUUAAGAGCUUUACUUGUGGUGGUCCUAAGACUGUCCUUGCAUCCAACCUCGCAUAUGUCCAGUAUACAACCAGUGUUGGCGUUGGCAGCCCUCCGACGUAUUAUAAUUUGGUUGUUGACACUGGUAGCUCCAAUACUUUUGUCGGAACUGGGACGCCGUAUGUCAAAACCUCGACCAGCAUCUUCACUCAUGAGAAGGUCAAUAUCACUUACGACACUGGUUACUUUCGUGGCUUGGAGUAUCUCGACCGGGUGACGCUUGCUCCAGGUCUGGUCAUCACGAACCAGUCUAUUGGCGAUGCUCUUUCCUAUGCCGACUUCGGUGGCGUCGAUGGUAUCAUCGGGGUGGGCCCCGUCGGUCUGACUGAGGGUUCACUCUCAACAAAUGUCAAUGAGCUGGUUCCCACUGUUAUGGACAACGCCCUCUCACAGGGUUUAAUCACAAAGGAAAUAUUAGGUAUCUCUUUUGCACCCGCAACAAGUUACAACGACACUAAUGGAGCCCUCACUUAUGGAGGCAUCGAUUCAUCCUUGUACACCGGCGAAAUCACUUAUAUACCUGUCACUACAACUUUUCCUGCUAGCGCCUUCUGGGGCAUCAAUGUCACCCAUGCAACGUACGGCUCCGCAACGACCGUUAUCCCAAAGUCAAUCGCCGGGAUCGUCGAUACUGGCACCUCUCUGAUCAUCCUCGCUGAUGACUUCUUCGAGUCCUACAUGAAUGCUAUUCCUGGUGCCAAGCUCAACAAGACCGCGGGCCUCAUGUACAUCCCUGAAACCUCUGUCUCAAAGAUCCAACCGUUGAAUUUUACUAUCGGCGGCACCGUCUUCACUCUUGACGCUGCAGCGCAACUCAUUCCGAUUGGCGAGAAUGCUGCAUGGGGCUUGCCAACAAACGAGCAGUACGGCGUUGUGACGCACAUGGGGCUUCACAGCGGCGCAGGGUUAGAUUUCGUCAUCGGGCAGAAGUUCAUGGAGAAGUACUAUGCUGUUUUCGACACGGAUAACAAUCGCGUUGGGUUGGCUUAUACUAAACAUACGUUUACUACGUAAACUUUUUGAUCUGAGUGCCUUUUUAGAGGUGAUGGCAGUACAAGUUUCUCUUGCUCUAAUCGGAUUACAAUUCACUGCGCCACUCCUUAGGACUUUGUUUUCAUUGCAACUUUUAGGAUGCGAUCAUGUGGUGCUUAUCAGUACUACGACUGGGAGAUAUGGGUGCGUCGUUUCACAUACACACUAGGAACUGGGACAUGAGAGCAAGGGUUACCCGAGGCGUCGAAAACCUUCUUCGCAUACUGUAGGAAAUCCUUAACUGGGCAUGAGAGUAAAAAU